AUGAAUAGGUUCGACUCGAUCUGUGACAUCAAUACAACUAUAUCAACAAAAAUGAAUUGGCAAAAUGAUGAUUUUGAACUAUUUAUAAGACGUAUCUUAAUAGCUCUGAAUUAUGUUAAAUUCUGGGAUAAAAAUUCGUUUACUAUGUCUAUAAAAAAAAUCUUGAAUAUAUUUUUCAAUAUAAGUAUAGUAACAUUAAGUUUUUUUCUCAUUCUUUCAAUAGCUGUUGAUAUUAAAAACAGUCAUGAUUUAUCAAGUUUUGCAAAAUUAGAUCCACUUUGUUUUCACUUGAUUGGAUUUUCCAAGUGGAUUACUGGAAUGUUAAAGAUAGAUGAUAUUGAAGAUUUAGUUUUGAGAAUGAAACGUUGUCAUAAACUUUGUUUAAAUUACAAUGAGAAUGAUACUGAUAAUCAUCAGUAUAUUACAAAAAAACUAAGAAACUGCAUCGUACAUCAUCAAGAAAUCUUGGAAUUCAUCGCAAAACUAAAAAUUGUUUUUAGUUAUCCGAUGUUUAUUGUUUGUUUAGAUAGCACGAUUGCAUUGUGCUUAGUAUCUUUCGAAGCAUCGUCAAUUGAAAUUAAUUCAAGUAUUGAAAGCAUCACUAAACUAAUAAAUAUGGUACAAUACUGGUUAGGUAUUGUCACUGAAUUGUUUAUUUAUUGCUUUCUUGCCACUAAAAUUGAAGAUUUGGGUUUGAAGACAGCUGAUGCUAUUUAUGUAUGUAAUUGGGAACAAUCUAUGGUGAAUUAUCAUGACGAAUUUAUCGGAGAUUACAGGCAAAUAAUAUUAGAAAUAAAUCAUACGAUUACCUUCAGUAUAAUGUGUGCUCAAAAGCCUAUUAUUAUCAACGGUGGACUAUUUUAUGUGUUAUCUUUGCAAACUUUUAAAGCUCUUGUAGGACUCUCGGUUUCUAACGCUAUUGUACUGCGUCAACUUUCAGAAGAAACUUGA